GGUGAUUCGGUGGCGAGUUCCGGUAUCCGGGCAUUGUUUCUCCAGUGGUGUUGUACCAAAAAAAAUUGAUAAAACCAAACUGAACCCGAUUGCAGGGUCCAGCGAUCAGCAGGAAUGCCGGAAAAGGAUUCGUUCGACGGUGCCGAGCCGAGUUAUGGUGCGAUCGUGUCGGCGUACAAGUCGGCAGUUGUUGUGUCACCGCAAACCAGUGCGCAACAUCAGCUCAGCCAGCAGCAGCAGCAGCAGCAGCAGCGUCUCGAUAACGGCCAUCACUCUUCGCAACCGAUCGACGGCACGAACGACGGGCAUCCGGACACGUUCGGAACCGUGGACCAGGAACGCGAUCGGCGUUUAUCGGGGGCCGAGCCGACCGAGCGCGAUAUCGGCGGCGGCGAGCCGAGCCUGAUAAGGGCGGCGACGCACACAGGUGAGCAGCCCUCCGCCAGUACCGGUGCCCUCACCAACACGCCCUCGGUGAUAACGUCCUGCGCGAAGGUGUUAUCGGGAGCCGGAGCCGUGAAAUUGUCACCGUACGGCGCCGAUCAGCUGGCCAGCGAUAGCGGCUCACCUCCGCGUUUCUCCACGCUGCACACGGUCAUCAGCAGCAGCAGCAGUAGCUACGGUCAUUCACCCAUCACGCCGUACCACCACCACCAGCAGCAGCAGCAGCAGCAGCAACAGCCACAGCCGCAGCAUCACCCGGUUUGGCCUUGCGACCUGAGCUACAAGCCGGUGGUGGACAAGGCCCUCAACCCUUCGCCCGGACCAGGUGACCUGUCACCGCCGCCCCCGCCACCCCAUUCAUCGCACCCGCGCUACCUCGGCGAACCGGACGGUGGGUCCGAUCCGGCGCUCCUGGCCGGAAUGCGCGGCAGUCUGCUCGCGAUGUAUCCUUCGUACGCGUCGCCGAACGGUGCCGGCGGCGGGUGUCUUCAGCUGGACGACACAGCCGUACUCCACCACCACCACCACCAGCACCACCAGCUGCAGCACCAGCAGCAGCAGCAGCAGCGUGACGAGGAGAUGGCCUCGCUGCACCACCAUCUGCACCAUCACCAUCCGCACCAGGCGCACCAUCACGAGGCGAUGGCCCAACAGCAUAGCAUCGACGAGAUGAUCGCCGACACGCUGAAGGACGAGCAGUGCUCGAUCGUGGACAGCUACCUCACCCCCCACGGGACGCUGUUGGUCGGUGGGUCGGUGUCGGCGGAUCACCACCUCAACCAGCACCAGCAACAGCAGCAACAGCAGCAGCAGCUCGAGUACGCCAGCAUUUAUCACAACAACAACGACAAGAGCGUCAUCAACUACAACCACGCGGCCCAGCAUCAGCAGCAACACAACCACCACAGCCAUCACGCCGGGACCCACACGCACACCACCAGCAGCGGUGGGGAGUCGCGCAGUCCGGACUACUCGCACGAGGAGUACGAUGGCGGCCUGCAGAGCUUCACCCAGUUGAUCAACGUGCCUCGGGCGAGCGAUACCGCCUCGUCCUCGUCGUCGUCGGCGGCCGCCAUGUACCAUCAUCAGCAGCAUCAGCAGCAUCAGCAGCAUCAUCAGGCAACGUCCGCUGCCGCCGCCGCAUCGGCCGCGCUGGCCAACGCCGGCCACACCACGCCGACACCCUCGAUGACGUCAUCGCCAACGUCGCCCUCGGAUCACCUGGCGCACCCGGGCGCGAUGGUCGGUGUCUCCUCGAUCCUGCACUCGGCCGCCGCCGCUGUCGCGGGCGCGGGCAACGGCACCGGCGAUCCGGCGGGGAUGUCGGCGCUCUACGACACGCUCCAGGCUGGCGUCCUUCCUGGCGGCCCAUCCUACGGUCGGUGCUCGUUCUCGACGAUGCAGUACUUCAACGGCAGCCCGUCGCAGGAAGCGGCCCACCUGUGGACGAGCGGCGUCGGUGGGCUCGACGCCGACUACAUGAAAGGCACCCUGCCCGGGUUCCAGCGGAUCGCUUCCGGAGCCGGCACGGCCCGGGGUAACCCGUACAGCUCGAUCUCGGCGGCACCGUACGCCCAACAGAACGAACCAUGGUCGCAGGUGUACGACACCAACAGCAUCGCGUACAGCGUGGCCACCUCCAGCACCACCACCCCGGCCACGGUCAAUCGUGGCCGGACGACCGUCCCCACGACCGCCUCGUCCCACUUCCCGGCCGCCGCCUCGCUCACAGCCAUGGGCCUCGACGCGGACCUGUACACGGAGGGACGAGAGUGCGUCAAUUGUGGGGCCAUCCACACGCCCCUCUGGCGUCGCGACGGAACUGGCCACUACUUGUGUAACGCGUGCGGACUCUAUCACAAGAUGAACGGCAUGAAUCGUCCCCUGGUCAAACAGCCAAGACGUUUGGUAAAAGAACCUAGCUCGGCACGGCGAACGGGACUGCAGUGUUCGAACUGCAACACUACGAACACCUCGCUGUGGCGGCGAAACCAGGUCGGUGAACCGGUAUGCAACGCCUGUGGCCUGUACUACAAGCUGCACAACGUCAACCGUCCGCUGGCCAUGAAGAAAGAUAACAUUCAGUCGCGCAAGCGGAAACCGAAGGGAAGUAAGAACAGCGACGGAAGCACCACCAAAACCAAACUGAAAUCAGAAGCAUUUGUUCCCGAAAGUUCUUCCACUAAACUGGAUUCUUACCCUUUAGAGCUGAAAAUUGUGCACAUCGGCGAGGCGUCCAGCUAUGACAAGAGCGUGCGAUCGUCACCGUCGAGCGAGGGAAGCAACCAGUCUCCGUCGCACCACGGCCACCUGUCCCCGAUCUGCUACACGCAGCAGGUACCGUCGCCGAUCACGAGCACGCCCUCGAGCGUGGCCAAGUACGGUGCAGUGCAGCCGAAGAACAACAGCAGCGUGUACAUGUCGAUGUCUUCGCCGUCACCGAUGAACUCACUGUUCGGUGGUGGCAGCCCACCGAACGCGGUGUCUUCCCAUCAGUCUCCGCUGAGUCCGGACGGUGGCAGCUACUCGCUAUCGGGCGUCGGAGGUGCAGGCCACCCCGGAAGCAACGGGUCAACGAUCCCCAAGUACCACCACCAGAGCCCACCGCAGUCACCGGUCACCGACCAGAUGUACUACGAGAUGCUGCCGGCGGAUGUGCACGAUCAGCACCCGUUGGGUACGAUCGUCAAGAUGGAACCGAUGGGCGGGAACCACUAUGGCGGUGGCGGCGGCGGCGGUGCAUACCAGCAGCAGCACGAUCACCACGACGGCAUCCUUGGCGGGCUUGGGCACAGUCAGAGCCGCAGCCCAUCGUCGGUGGCGGAGGACGACGGCGAGCAGGCGCACUCGUCGCAGCAGGAUUUGGUCGAGAGCAAGCACAACAUCAACCGUCCCACCGUCGUGUCGAUGUCCAGAUAGGGCGGCCGCUGUCUGUCGCGCCACACCACGAAUCUCGCUUCGUCUCACUCAGAAUCGAUACUUGCCAAACGCCAAAUGAACUGAAUGACGCAAAAGACUCUACAAUCGUUGCCGACAUAGAUCUGAAGAGUAGCCGGGCAACGAGAUACCCUCUUUUUAAAGCACAAUUUAUUUAAGCGUCUCGAAUGUCUCUGAGCUCUUCUUGAUCACGGGAUGUGCUAAACAUUUCACCGAUAGGACACUAGGUAGGAUCAUACCGGAUCUGUCCGAUAGGACAGGCACUAGCUCUUAAGGUAGCAAUAAGGGACAUCGCGCGCGCGGUGAUGAGUAGCUGUAAAUAGGAUACAGAUUAAGGUGAUCGAAUCUCGAGCCCUGGUGCAGGAGCAGGCUGCCUGGAGGCUUUACAUGUACAGCAGACCCCCUAGAGCCCUCUGAUAGAUACUUCGCAAUCGUUCCAAAUUUUAAGU